AUGCCCUGUGUCAUGUCACAUGCAUUUAUCGACCCCGCAACGCGUGCCGCUCGCGGCCUCCCAGAAAACCUCAUCCGUCUUUGUGUUGGUAUUGAGGACCCGACGGACCUCAUUGACGACUGGCAACACGCCCUACUUGCGGCCUGUGCUAUCACGUACGCCGCGGACAACUUCAUCCGUCUGCCGAACCCAAUCAGCUGUGCGGUCGAGAAGCUCGCAUUCAACGAGUUGCACACAAACGCAAGCAGGCCCCGAGAGGACCGAGAGUGGUUCUUCAGCACCCCGGGCAAGGUCAUCCUCUUUGGUGAGCACACGGUCGUACACGGUAUUACGGCGAUCACAGUGUCGCUCACGGACACCGGCGAUUACGUCCACGAGUGGGACCUGGACGGCCUUGCUUGGGACACCGUCACGCCGGUGCUCCCGGGCGAGCACCACGCAGACCAGCUCGACCAGAAGCUCAUGGAGGCCAUCGCUGCCCGCGGCGCGCACUCCGCUUCCGUCGUGUUCUUGUACCUGUACAUAACGAUGGCGCACGGCGGCGAGCGGCUAUCGUUCAGCUUCACCGCGCGCCCUACGCUGCCGAUCAGCGCGGGCCUCGGCCCGUCUGCAUCCUACUCUGCGUGCAUCGCGACGGCGCUCUUGCUCCCCCACCAGCAGAUCAAGAUCCCGCCCCUCCUGGCACCAAUGCGGCCUGUGGGUGCGGAUGACCCAGGGCACCUCCACAUGUCGCAUCAGGGCCGGCACGCAAUAUCGCCUGACACCGCGGAGGAGGUGAACCGCUGGGCUUUCGUUGCUGAGAAGGUGCUACAUGGGAACCCAAGCAGUGUUGAUAAUUCGGUGGCAGUCUUUGGCGGGGCGUUGGCGUAUACAUGGCCUGGGUUCGGGAAGAAGAGCGGGAUGGAGCAGAUCCAAGGCUUCAGGCCGUUGCGCUUCCUGCUUGUGGACUCGAGGGUGCCGCGUGACACGAAGAAGCCCGUAGCGAAUGUCGCCAUGAAGAAAGCGGAGGAACCCGAGGCCGUCAACAAGAUUAUGGGCGCCAUCCAGGCUAUCAGCAACGAGGAUAUCUCCGCGUGUCAUUCCUUUGCCUCCAUCACCAGCCCCGAGUCUUGUCUACUGUGA